AUGGCACCUCAAAAUCAGCCAUUAGUUCUUGUUGAAAAACCAUCUGCAUACUCUCAACGUUUUGAUUUAAUUGGUGCCAUCAAUGGAUCCCAAUCAAUUGCCUGUAUGGUUUUAACACCCAAUGACCGAAAAGCAAAAGGUUUUGAAGGCAUCCGAAAACAUGUAGUGAACGAUUGGAUUACGAAUACAUUAGCUCCAGCAAUUAAUGCAUUAAAUAUCGACAAUAUUAUGUGUGUUGGUGAACAACGUAAGCUGGUAAUUCCACCCGAAUUGGGUUAUGGUGACCGUGGUGCAGGCAUUUCUAGUAUAGCUGAACAACGAUUGAUCGAAUUGGCUUGA